AAUAGCGUUAACAUCAAAGCCAAUCUGCUCGAAAUCUCGCAUCGAAAAGGAAGCAAAGAUCCUGUUGGCUGUUUCAACGACUUGCUUGGCGACAUCCCAAACAUUUUGGCAGGCUCAGGCACGAGUGACAAUCGCACCCCUCGGUCUGGGGUAUCAUGGGACACGCACUGAUGUAGCGCAUGCUCAGUCGCAAAGUGAUACCAGGCAGAAAGGCAUCAUGUCCCGUCGCAAGCAGGCCAACCCCCGGCCGUUGAUUACAGCCGUUGAAGAGCGGGGUGGUCAAGAAGAACAAAGGGAACCUAGUCUAUCUCCAAGUCCGUCCAUCCCUGUGUCUGAAAAUGAACAGGAUUUACCAAAUUGUGAUUCUGACCUGAUCAUCGAUGUGCCUAACAGUGUCUUCCCGCCGAGUCACCUCCACCAAUCGCUGAGUGCCGGGAGGAUGAUGCAUCCCGUGUACCCAGACCCGCCGCCUACCGUCAGUAUUAUACAUCCACGCUCCAUGAGCACCACACCGAGUGAAAUGUUGUACCCACCUUCCUCCCCCCCACCCGACAAUCCGUCCAGCCUGAACAGCAGCUACAGCUUCUUGCAGCCCGAUCUCAGCAAAAAGUCAAUUCAAAAGAUACUACCUGUCUCAUUGGAGGAUGGUAACAGUUGUUUCAUCUGUCCCGUCUGUCAGAAGGAGCUGACCACGAAUCACGACCUCACCGUCCACAUCCGAUCUCACAACACAUCGUCGCUGUCGUCGCAGGCCAACACCUGCACCAUCUGCGGCAAGAUCCUCAGUUCACAGAGCUCGCUCGACAGACACAUGCUCGUCCAUUCAGGUGAGCGUCCAUUUAAAUGCAAGAUCUGUAAAAUGUCCUUCACAACCAAUGGCAACAUGCAUCGCCACUCACGAAUACACAAGAAGGACGACCCGUCUCUCCAGGGGGUGAAGGGAGGACCGCGGAAAUCUAAAACGAAGAUGUUUACCAAACCGGAAAUUCACCCAGCCUUGUUGCCAUCCGGUCUGCACAUGGAGAAAUUCUUGCACAAUGCAGGGUUUGAGAAUCAGUUUGGGGUGAACAUAAUAAAACCCAACAGCAUCAUGCCUGAUUUCAAGAACUACGUCCCAGCGAGCAUCAACAGAAUACCCAUGGCUGCAAGUGUACCCAUGAUGCAUAAUAUGUAUAAGGGAGAUAACUCUGAGGUGUUUGUGAAGCAGGAGCAGGAUGUGCCAGUCACUGUUGGUGCUCCAGCUGUUUCCACAGAAUACACGGAUGGUGGACUGCACUGUCCAGUGUGCAACAAAGCGUUCCUUUGUGAAAGUGAACUAACAUCUCACAUGGACUCUCACCCUCACACCCCCACAGCCUGCAACUUGUGCACCAUGAUUCUCCCAGACCCUCAGAGUCUGUCUGAUCACAAGAGAACAGAACACUCUGUAGACAUACCCACCUCCAACCAGUGUGAACCUGAAGAGUCCAUCAUUUCGGGAUUCUCAGACUUGGACUUUGUCAAUUUUUCUGUGAGCAAAUUCCCGCUGAUUGCCAAGUCGUGGUGUGAACGAAAUGGUCGCCAUGCAACCAGCAACUACCACCAUUUCGUCUGCCAUUUCUGCACCAAGGCUUUUCCGUGCAAGAGUGCUCUGUUUCUGCACAUGUUCAUCCAUAACCGGAAGCAGCUGAGCACCUGUCCCUUCUGUGACUGUGAUUUCGUCGGUGGAGCCAUCCUUCAUACACACAUGCUGAAACACAUGUCGGACGCAGCUAUCUCCGAGGCAGCACCAACCAUGCCACACGAUAUCGGCAAGGACCACUUCCUGGCCAGCCUUGGCAUCGCGGCAAAGAGGAACCUGGCAGAUGUCUUGCAGUUUGAUCACGGUCUCUCUAAGCACUCCAAUUGGUUGUUAAACCUCGAGAAAAGAGAGAACGUGGAAUACUUUGAGAAGCUUGGACAGUGUUUUGUGCCUGGGAUUCAGAACGAAAUGCUCGGAGAUCUGUCUGUCCCUGGCAUGGAGGCAAGUCCUCCGUCUGUGGCCAAAGGUGUCAAGGAGGAGUUCAUGAAGGAUUUCUCUGAUUUCCGCAACAUGGUCUAUCUCCAGGCUGUUGCAGAAGGUCUUCCAAAGGAAGGAGGGCUUCCAGUGUGGUCUGCUGCAGGGUUGCAUCCAAGUUUUCCAUCUUGCCUUUCUCUUCCAAACUUUCAUUCCAGUCUUCUUUCCAGUCCACAGAAGCUCACCAAAGAAUCUUUGACACCUGGUAUCCAUGACGACAGUCCAUCUCUGACCAGUGAGGAGAGUCUGGCAAAUGUUGCUGCAGAAGAUGCCAUGGAUGAUGGGAGCCUGUUGAAGAAGGAUAUAUCAGCAGCCAUUCCUAAGGAUGUGUUUCCUUGCAAAUUCUGUGAUAUGGUGUUUAGCAACUAUCGUGCACUCAAAGGUCACACCCGCACUCACCUCGGCCUCUCCCCGUACAAGUGUAACCUGUGUAACUACUCCAGCGCUGACAAGAGCACCCUCAUCCGACAUCUGCGGACACACAAUGGAGAACGACCAUUUCAAUGUCUGAUCUGUGAAUUCGCUUUUACCACAAAGGCAAACUGUGAACGCCAUGUCAGAAAAAAACAUGCUAAAGUGAUGAAGAAAGAUAUUGAGGAUUCUAUUGGCUACAACAAGUACGUCCUGGAAUCUGCUUCCAUGAUGGAUUCGUUCCACUCCCCGGACACGGUCUGCAAGUACUGUGGCAUCGACUUCAAGUUCUUCCGAGCCCUCAAGCACCACCUGCGCUCCCACAGCAGCUGUCGUCAGAAGCCCUUCCUUUGUCAGAAGUGCGAUGUCGGCUUCUCCACCAAGGCCAACUGUGUCCGUCACCUCCAGAAGCAGCACCAGGAGAUCUCCCAGCACCAGAUAGAAAGCUGGAUCCACGUCAAUGAGCCGUCACUACUGGAUGAUGGCGACCCGUCUUUCAGUGAUGGCCAAGAUUCUGCCAGUCCUUCAGAGUCAUGUGAUAAUAUAGGCCCAUUCAGUCGGUCGCCAAGUCCUCCAGUGGCACAUCACAGUCCAAUGGUGGAGCACCUGUAUUUGAAAGAGGAGUGUCUGACAGACGGCGGUCAGCCACUGGACUUCAGCAUCAAGCCAUGUGGGCCAGUGUCGUCAGGCCAGACAGCCACUGCAGACCAGCCUAUGGACUUGUCUGUCAAGAAACCAAUGUCUGAGUCAAGUUCUGUAGCACAUAUGGUUAAUUCAAAGUCUGAACUGUCAUCAUUGCUUACUUCACCAUAUGGCUUAGACAACAGAAUACAGGAAAAGUCACAUCCUUUUGAACCAAAUAACAACAGCAGCCAGAAAUUGAAUAAACUGUUGACUUCUAGUGACAGCAACAACAACAACAACAACAGCAGCAGCAGCCAUCCCAAGUUCUGGGGAAUGGCGUCAAUACUCAACAGAGCCACGCCCCUUAUAGGCUAUCCUGGAAUGGGAACCAGUGUACUUAGUCAGUCACUUCCUGCCAGAAUUAAGCCACCAACAGAAACCAAAAUUCAUUCUGCUUUUUUCAGAAAUUUCGCAUUAGCUAAAAUUAUUAAAACAUUUGUUGAGAAAAAUAUGUUGAAAUUAACAAAGUCUUCUGUUCUUAUUUUCAAUAGUUAA